AUGCCUGUCUUCACCGAAUAUGCGUCGGCCUCACGCGAGCUCCGUGUAUUGCCUUCUUUCGCACCUCCACUACCACGUCUGACAUCUACUGCGCCGGUCGAUACCAAGACAGAGCGGUAUGAGGUUGUCGUUGUCGGAGCUGGGCCAGCAGGCCUGAUGCUUGAUCUUCUGCUAGCACGAUAUGGACUAAGCGACGACUCACUCCUGUGCAUUGACUCGAAGCCCACUGCACUUAAAUCGGGUCAAGCAGAUGGUCUACAGCCUCGCACACUUGAGACGUUGAAAUCACUUGGUCUGGCAGACGAAAUCCUGACGGAAGGUUGUCAGAUGUGGCAGGUCGCAUUUUGGAAUCCUUCAGAUGACAAGAACAAGGUCAUUGAGCGCACAUCGCUCAUUCCGGAUGUCGCUGUUCCGGCACGGUAUCCACACGAAGUCACCAUUCAUCAAGGUCGGAUUGAACGAAUCCUGGAAACAGACCUGCUACGAUACUCAAAGCGAGGUGUCCAGCGAGACACGAAACUCAUUGAUGUAAAGAUCGACGAAAGCGACGCGGAGUAUCCCGUGCUCGCGGAAAUCGAAACUGACGGCCAGCGACGAUCAGUCCGCUCCAAGUACCUCGUUGGAGCAGAUGGUGCGCACUCAAUGGUCCGACGCUGCAUGGGACUGAAACUAGAAGGCGAAUCACUCGAUCAUAUCUGGGGUGUCGUGGACUUGAUUGUUGACACGGACUUUCCCGACAUCAGAAAGCGAUGCGCGAUACAUUCGCCUGCUGGCUCGGUGAUGGUCAUUCCGCGAGAACGGAUCGCGACAGGCGACUACUUGACUCGAUUGUAUGUUCAGGUACCAGGUGAUGUUGAUCCGGAUAGUGACCAGCAGCCGGAGAAUGGGUCAAAUGGGACAAAUAUACCACCCGUGGGAGAUGCUCGGGCGCGACGAAGUGAGGUGACCGAGAAGGCAAUUUUUGAGAAUGCGGCAGCAGCGUUUAAGCCUUAUUACAUUCGACCUAAGACAGAUGAUGCGGUGGAUUGGUGGGCUGCGUAUCAAAUUGGACAGCGAGUUGCCGAUGAGUUUUCGGUGAAGGAUUCCAAGGGUGUAAACCGGGUAUUUAUUGCUGGAGAUGCAUGUCAUACACACAGCCCGAAGGCUGGACAGGGAAUGAAUGUCUCAAUGAUGGACUCCUAUAACCUAGCCUGGAAACUGGCAUACGCCAUCCACGGCCUAACCCCCGCAUCUGCUGCUCAGCAAGUAGAUCCCAUCUUGGAAACAUACAACACCGAACGUCACACUAUCGCCCAACAACUGAUCGAUUUCGAUCGCGCAUUUUCAUCAAUGUUCUCCGGGAAGAUCGGUGCAUCUCAAGAUGGCACGAGUGAAUUGACCCACGAUGAAUUCCUCAAGGUAUUCAGCCGCGGCAACGGAUUCACCAGCGGCUGUGGAAUCGAAUAUACCGAGAAUAUGACUGUGGUCCGUGACCUUGAUAAUGGGUCGAAUCCAAUCAACGGGACAAACUACCUAUCAGGCAUCUUACGCCCAGGAAGAAGAUUGCUGAAUGUGCGCCUUGUUCGACACGCCGAUGGUUACCGGCGCGAUUUACAAGAUGACUUCAUUUCGACUGGCCGCUUCCGUAUUCUUUGUUUGACUUCCUCAGAUCUGCUAAAUCACCAGGGUACUUCUGCGCAGGCACUCGCUGCCCUUGGAUCUAUCAUUCCUCAGUUCCCUGAGUCCGUUCUCGAGCAGGUGGUUAUUCACCCGCGACUGCCUCGGGAAUUCAUGUGGAAUGACAUUCCAGGAGAGGUGAAGAAGUAUUCUGAGAUGUCAUUUUAUAGUGGAUAUGAGCUGGAUGAUGUAUAUGGUAUUUAUGGUGUUGAUCCAAAUCGUGGUGCAGUUGCUAUUGUUCGACCUGAUGGGUACAUUGGUAUAACUUCGGACCUGGGCGAUGUCAAGCGCGUGGAGAAAUAUCUGAGGACUCUGAUUCGAACAGUUUAG